ACGAAGCUGAUUAGGCACGUCAAGCGUCGUAGCGUCCAAAACCAAGCAUUGAACCUUAAUGAACAGUCGAUUGUUGUUCUGGUACUUGUAAGGAUAUUUAAAGUAUUAAACAACAAUGUCUUUGGCCGAUGAACUUUUAGCAGAUCUUGAGAGUGACGAUGACAUUACUCCAGAUGAGCCACAGCCAGAACAACCCUUUCCAACAUCAAUUGCUUCUAAGCUGACAGAAACAGAUGUAAAAGUUGAUUCGAUCAGACAACUAGCGAAAUUAAGGGAUUCGCCUAUUGUACAGAAAGUAACCUCUCAAAUCGAAAAAUAUGGAAAAAUUGCAAGAAAAUGCUCGGACAUUAUAGGUCCGGUUGAGUCUGACCCUGAAUAUCAAUUGAUAGUUGAAGCUAAUAAUCUGGCUGUUGAAAUUGACUCUGAAAUUGCAACAAUACAUCGAUUUACUACUAGUAAAUAUUCAAAAAGAUUUCCAGAGCUUGAGUCUCUUGUUGUUGAACAUUUAGAAUACUUAAUGACAGUUAGAGAAUUAGGAAAUGACUUAGAUAAAGCCAAAAAUAAUGAAAUAUUGCAACAAUUCCUGACACAAGCCACAAUUAUGGUUGUCACUGUAACUGCAUCUACAACACAAGGACAAUUGCUAACACCAACAGAGCUCAAUGCUGUUAAUGAGGCUUGCGAUAUGGCAAUUGAGCUCAACAAUUUAAAACAACGAAUAUAUGAAUAUGUGGAGAGUAGAAUGGCUUUCAUAGCUCCAAAUCUAUCUGCAAUUGUAGGUGCUUCAACAGCAGCCAAGCUUAUGGGUGUUGCUGGAGGUUUAACAAAAUUAUCCAAAAUGCCAUCUUGUAAUAUUUUACUUUUGGGAGCUAGAAAAACUACUCUUUCUGGUUUUUCACAAGUAACAGCAUUACCACACACUGGGUUCAUUUAUUAUUCAAAAAUUGUUCAAGAUGCUCCUCAAGAUGUACGUAGAAAAGCUUCCAGACUUGUUGCUGCAAAAAGUACAUUGGCUGCUAGAGUUGAUGCUUGUCAUGAUAGUACUGAUGGUCAUAUUGGACAACAAUUUCGAGAGGAAAUAGAAAAAAAGCUUGACAAAAUGUUGGAACCACCUCCUGUUAAAUUUGCGAAACCAUUGCCAAAACCAAUUGACCCUGGCAGGAAAAAGCGUGGUGGAAAGAGAGUUCGUAAGAUGAAAGAAAGAUAUGCCAUUACUGAGUUCAGAAAACAAGCCAACAGAAUGAAUUUUGCUGAUAUUGAAACGGACGCAUAUCAAGAGGAUCUAGGCUAUACUCGCGGUACAAUAGGAAAAUCUGGGGCUGGAAGAAUCAGAAUGCCACAAGUCGACGAAAAGACAAAAGUGCGUAUUUCAAAAACGUUGCAGAAAAAUUUGCAAAAACAACAGCAAUGGGGAGGUAGUACAACAGUAAAGAAGCAAAUUUCGGGAACUGCUUCAAGUAUCGCAUUCACACCACUACAGGGAUUAGAAAUUGUUAACCCACAAGCUGCUGAAAAGAAAGUGAAUGAGGCUAAUGCAAAAUAUUUUUCAAAUACAUCAGGCUUCUUCAAAGUGAAGAAGACAUAAUAUGUAAGAUUUUUAUUUGAAUUCAUUGAAAAAUGUGUUCGGAAAAGUUAGGUUUUAAAAAUAUAAGAAUAAAAACUUAUUUUUAUAAACUGUUUCAUUCGAUUUCAAAGCUUUUCUUAUCUUACACAAUGUUACAGACAAUUCCUAAAUAAUAUAUAUUUACAAUUUUAUUAGUCUAACUGAAUUAACUGAUUGUACUUUUAAAAAUUCAAGCUACACAAGUA